AUGACCCUACCCAAAAAGAACCUGUUGCCGACCUGGCUGGCAUUUGCUCGUCGUGGACGGGUAUACGCAUCACUCGAUGCCGACUCAGAGCCCAGUACAUUGGAGAUGUCAAACUUCAGCGAGUCAGCAUCAAUUCCCGGACAUAACUCUUCCUCCUCGACAAACCUCAAUCAGUAUGCUUCGAACAAAGACCUCAACAAAGUAUUGCCCAGGCCACCGAUGUUCUCCAGUCUGUGUACCCGUCAGUAUUAUGUUUUUUUGGUGUCGAGCGAAUUCUUAGACGGGGCACCGUUCAAUGCGCCUCAAAUGGAUGAUUCGAGUGCGACGACUAUUUUGCAGGACUACCAAAACAACCAGACGUCGUUGCUUAAACUCGAGAAUAAAGCAUGUGUCGAGGUUUACACAGCGCCAAUCAUCUCCGCGAAUUCCGACUUAGUUCUGGUCUCUACCUAUUCAGACUCCAACAACUCUCUAAUCUACUGCGAUUACAGUCAAGACUCGCAGUUGGUUGAGGGUAGCUAUCAGCGUUACGAGAUUUGUUCUUUGCCCCUACUAAGGAAUUGCGAUCCUUCCGGUGUUAUCGCUAAUGGUCACAACUGGUCAAUCGACGCAUCUGACACACAUGGAGCAAACGAUUAUACUCCAACGGGGACUUCACAGGUCAACGAAACGAGCAUUCAAUACUGUCUUAGCAAGGGCGUAGAGGAGCAUUGCAAGCUACAAUUCAGUCUAGCGAUCAUGAUUGUCGUCAUCAUAUGCAAUCUGAUAAAGACUAUUUGCAUGAGCAUAAUUGCAUGGAAGCAAGACCCUGAGCCACUAGUGACUCUUGGUGACGCAAUUGCCUCAUUCCUCGACCGGCCCGACAUGACGACUGAAGGAAAUUGCAUAGUCGGGAAGACUCGGUUCGAGGACAGCAAAUCUUGGCACUUGCUUCUCUCCACUUGGGAUCCGAAAGGAUUACGUUGGUUUCGAGCUGCCAGCCAAAGAAGAUGGCUCGUUUGUAAUAUUCUAUGUAUCUCGACUCUCAUAGUUGCCUGCGCCCUCCUAAGCUUAGGCCUUAACAACCCUCGACUAACCAGCCGGUCCAUCUCUCACCUCUGGUCGCUCGGUUUCGGCAAUGUCAACUCUGAAGCCUUGAUCAUCAUGAACAACAGCCAAGACUUGUCAGGCCCUGCUGGCGUCAUCUUCACAGUUCUAGUUGCGAAUUCGCCUCAAAUCCUCCUUUCCUUCCUAUACUUCGCUUACAAUGGACUUUUCACCUGCAUGUUACUCGCCGACGAAUGGAGCGCAUACGCAUCCAAAAGAAGAUUCCUAAGAGUCACAUCACCAACAGGAGGGCAGCGAAGCACCUAUCGGUUGCAACUACCCUACCGUUACGGUAUUCCACUCCUCAUAGGCUCGAGUGCGCUACACUGGUUCGUCUCGCAAUCCAUCUUCCUUGCCCGUGUUAACGUUCUCGAUUCCGCCGGGGUUGAAGUCAUUGGUGAUGGAGUCUCGACUUGCGGCUACUCGCCGAUUGCCUUGAUCUUUGUUAUCAUUCUCGGAUCUAUUGUUGUACUGCUGGGCAUUGCUUUUGGCUUUCGAAAGGCUCGGGUCGGGAUGCCUCAUGCCGGUAGCUGUAGUGCUGUGAUCAGUGCAGCUUGUCAUCCACCGGAGGCAGACGUGGAUGCGUCGUCGAAGCGCGUUAUGUGGGGCGUGGUGGCUAAGGAAAGCUUCAAGUAUCGGGGCAAGAGUGUUGGCCAUUGCUCCUUUACCAGUCUCAAGGUGGAGGCGCCCAUCGUGGGAGAACGGUACGCUGGGCAAUAG